UCUCGCGUCUCCCCCCAGAGAUGAUGCAGCAGGACGAGUCAAACUCGCCAGUCUCCCCCGCCGACGACAGCUUGAGCAACAGCGAAGAGGAGCCGGACCGCCAGCAGCUGCCCAGCGCCAAGAGGGGGGGCCGCAAGCGCCGCUCCAGCCGGCGCAGCGCCGGGGGCGCCGUCGGGGCCGCGGACGAGCCCUGCAGCCCGGCGCAAGGCAAGCGGGGCAAGAAGUGCGGGGCGGGCGCGGGAGGCGGCGGCGGCGGCGGCAGCAGCAGCGGCGGCGGCAGCCCGCAGUCCUACGAGGAGCUGCAGACCCAGCGGGUCAUGGCCAACGUGCGGGAGAGGCAGCGCACGCAGUCCCUGAACGAAGCUUUCGCCGCGCUGCGGAAGAUCAUCCCCACGCUGCCCUCGGACAAGCUGAGCAAGAUCCAGACCCUCAAACUGGCGGCCAGGUACAUCGACUUCCUCUACCAGGUCUUACAGAGCGACGAGCUGGACUCCAAGAUGGCAAGCUGCAGCUAUGUGGCCCACGAGCGGCUCAGCUACGCCUUCUCGGUGUGGAGAAUGGAGGGCGCCUGGUCCAUGUCCGCAUCCCACUAGCAGGCGGCUUUCUCCCCCACGCAUCCCCCCGGCAGGAGCCCUAGAUUGCAUUGUUCCCACAGAAGGAGAAAAUGGACAAUCUAGAGACUCUGAAGUUGGAUACCGUGUUGUGGUGUUGUUGUUCUUGUCUUAAAAAAAAAAAAAAAAUGUGCCAAGAAUUUCUUGGAAAUUAAAAGAGCAGCAUCCAAAGUGAAAGCAGGGCGUGGGGAGCACUUAAGGAAAGUGAAAGAGCCGAGGGCUUGGACAGUGCCUAUCCGGUGGGCGUCGGUACAAUCCACACAUCUCUGCAUUCUGAUAGAAGU